UCCGAUUCACUCGAUAAAGCACCUUCUUUCUACCAACAUCGUCCGCUUCACAUAUAUACUACGACGUCGAGAAACGCGCUACGUAAUCGUGAAGAUGCUCGUGUCGCGGCACCACAUCAUCCUCUCGUGUCUGCUGUUGACGACCACCCUCAUCUCGGGGGAGAUCCUGAACCGAGGAUGGUGGAACCACACGGUUUUCUAUCAGAUUUAUCCUCGUAGUUUUAUGGACUCUGACAAUGACGGUGUUGGUGAUCUCAAAGGUGUAACGAGUAAACUCGAACAUUUUGUGACAUCUGGAGUAGGAGCGAUAUGGCUGUCACCUAUCAAUCGAAGUCCAAUGGUCGAUUUUGGGUACGAUAUUUCGGAUUUCAAAGAUAUCGACAAAAUAUUCGGCACAAUGUCGGAUUUUCAAAAUCUUUUAACACGCGCUAAAGAACUUGGAUUGAAGGUUAUACUCGAUCUCGUGCCUAAUCAUACUUCCGACGAGCAUUAUUGGUUUCGAGAGAGCAUAAAUCGUACAGGCAAAUAUGAACACUAUUAUAUAUGGGCAGAUGGAGAAGAUAAUAAUACAUCGCCACCCAAUAACUGGAUAAGUUUGUUCGGUGGCCGGGCUUGGUCUUACAAUUUAACCCGCAACCAAUGGUACCUUCAUCAAUUUCACAAAAGGCAGCCAGAUUUGAAUUAUACUAAUCCCGAUGUACAAGAGGAAAUGAAGGAAGUUAUCUUGUUUUGGUUGAGGAAAGGCGUGGACGGAUUUCGCGUGGACGCGGUACCGUAUCUUUUUGAAGCAAAUUACACUUUAGACGAACCUAAAAGCGGUAAAGAAGGCGUGACGAAAGAUGAUCACGACUAUCUAAAUCACGUAUUGACCAAGGAUCUGCCAGAGACGUACGAAUUGGUGCAAAGCUGGAGGAGGAUUUUAGACGAAUAUGCUGAUCAAUAUAAUACAAGCGAAAAGGUGAUGAUGACUGAAGCAUACACCACAUUAGAAAACACUAUUAAAUAUUACAAUUACGGUUCCCAUAUUCCUUUCAACUUUAAUUUUAUCACGAAGGCGAAUAACGCUUCGAAUGCUACUAUGUUUAAAAAUAUAAUAGAUGAUUGGAUGAAGGGAAUUCCCAACGGUGGCGUCGCUAACUGGGUGAUGGGAAAUCACGAUAAUAAUCGUAUCGCUUCGCGUUUCCCCGGGAGAACCGAUCAGAUGACAAUGUUAGCCAUGAUAUUGCCAGGUGUAGCAGUCACCUACUAUGGCGAAGAAAUAGGGAUGGUUGAUAAAAUGGACAUAAGUUGGAACGAUACACAGGAUCCUCAAGCUUGUAACGCGGGCGAAGAAAAGUACCAAAGUCGUUCUCGCGAUCCCGCUCGCACACCAUUCCAAUGGAGUUUUGACGUUAACGCAGGUUUCAGUAAAGCUAAGAAGACAUGGUUACCGGUUCACGAAAAUUAUAUUGACGUAAAUUUGGUAGUAGAAAAGUUUGUGAACGAAUCUCACUAUCGUGUCUAUCGCGCUUUGACAGAGCUACGUAAUACAUCGGACGCGCUCAAAUUUGGAUCAUUGACCACCGACGUUAUAAACAACACCGUAUUAUGCGUCCUACGAAAAACGAGUAAAGAAGAAGUGAUAUUACUGAUAAAUUUUUCAGACACAGAUAUACAAAAAGUUGAUUUAACUAAAAAUUUAACGCAAUUCGAGAACGGCAUGGUUAAAAUAACGAGCGUGGGCGCCCAAGUAAAACAAAACAAAACAUUUGCGCUGAAUAAUGUCAUCGUCCCAGCAAACGUUUCGAUGGUUCUAAUUUCUAAUGCUGCAAUGGAAUAUGUUGCUUCCCUUCAAAUAAUUCUACUAUCAUUAUCUCUUUUAUUAACAUUGUAUAAAUAAAAAAUAUAAAAAUUGUUAAAAUAAUUAAAAUUAA